AUGAGUGCAAACAACCAAACAGCUGUUUUAGAGUUCCUCCUGUUGGGAUUCAGAAACCUUCAUGCGUUUAAGUUUCUAUUAUUCACAUUGCUCCUCCUAGUGUAUGUUGUAUCAUUGUGUGGUAACCUCCUGAUUGUGACUUUGGUUCUAUUCAGUAGCCUUCUCCGGUCUCCUAUGUACUUUUUCCUCAGUCAUUUGUCCUUUUGUGACACUGUGUUCUCUACCAACAUCUUGCCAAAGAUGCUUCAGGUCAUAAUACAUGAAGGCAGUACAUUGUCCGUGGCGGGCUGCAUUGCUCAGUAUCAUGUUUUUGGUUUCUCAGCAACCACAGAGUCAUUUCUUCUUACAGUGAUGUCCUAUGAUCGAUAUUUGGCCAUAUGUCAUCCAUUACGGUACAGUGCAAUAAUGAGUUUAAGUCUUCGAGUUCUUCUUGUGGCUUCUUCGUGGUUACUAAGUUUGGUGAUGACCCUGACUUCACUUAUCCUCAUAUGUAGGCUACAAUUCUGUGGACCCAAUGUGAUUGACCAUUUCUUUUGUGAUGUUGCUCCUCUUUUGGAACUCUCUUGCUCAGACACAUCUCUUGUAAAAAUUGAAAUGUAUGUAUGCUCUGUCCCCAUAGUACUGUUUCCAUUUCUGUUCAUAAUAGGAAGUUACAUCUCCAUCUUCUUGAGUAUAGUACGGAUUUCGUCUACCUGCGGAAGGCAGAAAGCUUUUUCCACCUGUAGUUCACAUUUAACUGUAGUAUCCUUGUAUUAUGGGACACUAUUCACCGUAUACGUAGUACCUACCAGCAUUUCAUCACUGCACCUUAAUAAGAUCUUGUCCCUUUUAUACACUGUGGUCACACCCUUGUUUAAUCCCAUUGUAUACAGUCUAAGAAACCAGGAGAUUAAAUCCACACUGGAGGUCCAACUGUUUUGA